AUGUUCCUCGUCAUUUCGACCGACUCGUCCGAACAAGAAUCAAUACGACGAUGUGUUCGUGCAAUUGGCUCUUGUCUUCUUGCUCCGGAGUCUGCCGAAGGACCGUACUAUUGGAAUUCAACAGUUCGUAAUGACAUUACAGAAGGUAAAGCAGGUGUUCCAUUCCGUCUCACUGUUACUGUAUUAGACACGACUACUUGUUCACCCUUAAGCGAUGCUCUCGUCGAUAUAUGGCACUGUGACGCUGAAGGAAUUUAUUCUCAUUAUAUUGCUUCUAGUCUUGGACAGAAUACUAGACAAACAGAUAAUUCGACUUUCUUUCGAGGACAACAAGUAACUAACAAACAAGGUAUUGCAGUUUUUAAUACUAUUUAUCCUGGUUGGUAUCGUGGUCGAGCAACUCAUAUACAUGUCAAAGUACACGUUGAUGCUAGUUUAACAAAUAUUAAUGGAGCAAUUUAUGCAAAAGGUGGCCAUGUUUCAUAUACUGGUCAAAUCUUCUUCAAUGAUACUCUUACAGAUGAAGUCGCCAAGCGUUCACCGUAUACAUCACACCAGAUUCGACGAGUACGAAAUAAUGAAGAUGGAAUUUAUUCUCGAUCAAAAGGAUCAACAACAAUCGUACCCGUUCAAUUUCUUACAGCAAAUGGUUUCAAUGGAGCAGUCAAAGGUGACAUAACACUCGGUAUCAAUCCCAAUACUGUAUCAACAGAAAGUGGGAGACCAGGUGGAAGACCUCCACCACCACCCCCAGGCCGUUGA